AUGCUUCUGGAAUAUGAAGAGGAAGCCCUCCGAGAGUGCGAAGGCCAAAGCUGCCUCCUUGUGAUGGGGGGAGGCCUGAAUAUCCAAGGAAUUAUUCGGGAGAUGAUAAAGCAAUAUCUGCAUAAGAAUAGCCUUGUGCUUCUGGUGAAUUUCAGUAGCGAGGACGAGUCUCUGCUCCUAAGAAUGGAAUCGCCUUUCCUUCAGGACAUAAGAUCCUUGCACAAGACAAAGAGAAGGGAAAAGUAUCGGCACGGAGGCGUGUUCAUUGCAAGCAACAGUGUGUUUCUUGCUGACAUGAUUGACGGGGUAGUCGAUGUCGAGAAGGUUGAUGCCAUUCUUGUCAACAAUGUUGAGGCCAUCACAGAGACAUCGUCAGAGUCAUUCAUUGCUCACUUUUUCAGGUCCAGGAACAAGACGGGUGUUAUAAGAGGGUUUUCAGAAUCGCCAGUCCCUCUAUCUCUCGGGUUCUCUCCACUAGACAGGAAAAUGAAGAGUCUGAAGCUGACAAGGGCCGUUUUCUUUCCACGUUUCCAUUUCCUGGUGGAGAAGUCUUUGAGGAGGGAUAUAGAUGUCGCUGAGAUCAAGUUCAAAAUGUCAGAAAGAGGGAGCCAGCUUCAGGUUAUUCUCCUGGAGAUAAUCAAUAACCUCCUUCGUAUAGUGUUCAAGGGGCCUAGUAGGGAAGAGGUGGAUGCUGAGACCAUUAUAUUUGGAAGUGUGCACAAAAUAUUCAGGCAGAUGAACAUUUCGAACAGUAGGAUAAUGGAGGAUCUCUAUGACAUACGGGGACUUAUCUUUCUAUUAUUCUCCUGCGAUCCGGGAACAUUUUAUGAGUAUGUCAAGGAAAUUGUAAAGAAGCAGAUUGAGCUAGGAAAGGAUGGCACAUGGAUCAACCUAUCGAUCUCGCAUGUUCUGAUUGAUGAAUCGCGGGAAUACUUUGAAGAGGCCGUUGAGAAGGCUAGGGAUCUAGCCGGGGGAGACAAAAAAAGGAGGAAGGCCGGGACGGAGAAAGAUGAGCUGGGAGAUCUGCCUGGAUUUAGCAAUGAAAGGCCAAGAACCUUCUAUACCUUGAACCCGAAGAUAAAGAAAUUGGUGGAAAUUCUGCAAGAGAUGAAAGAGGCUUCGUCUGUAGUCUUGGUUUCCAGCCGCGGAGUGAAGAAUAUGGUGACAAAAAUUCUUGUUGCAUUUGGUCUUGUUUCUGGAGAGUGUAUUGAGAUCCAGGAGGGGGCGGUAAAGGUUAUGACACAUUACGAAUUCAAGUAUUACGAAGAGAGCUAUGAAAGUGCUAUCUUUGUGGAGUCUGGACAAGACAGUGUUAGGAAGAUAGAGAGAUAUGGAGUGGUGCAUCCUGUCAAAGUAUUCUUCCUGAUGCAUUCUGAGUCUUUGGAGGAGCAGAGGUAUCUGAGCGAGAUAAGAAGAGAAAAGACAUCCUUUGAGAAGCUUAUAGAGGAGAGAGCAAGGCUUCCUCUACGAUUAGACGAUGCGGAGGAUGUGAUUGACCUGGAAGAAAACGAGUCUGGGGAUGGCGCCUAUACAGUUGUGAUUGACUCAAGAGAGUUAAGGGCUGAGCUUCCCUUCUUCCUGUUCAAAGCAAGGAACAAGAUAUGCAUUUCCACCCUACCGAUUGGAGAUUAUUUGAUAAGUCCUACGGUCUGUAUCGAAAGGAAAUCCAUUCCUGACUUUACAUCGUCCUUGAACACAGGUAGGCUCUACCUGCAGGCGAGUAUGAUGUGCUACAGAUAUCCCAAUCCGAUUCUUCUUCUUGAGUUUGAUGGGCGUCCGUGUUUAUCUGACCACUAUCGGUACGACCAGGACACGUUCAAGAACAGCAUUGCAGCAAAGCUUGCCCUACUCCUGUUUAACUUUGGGACGCUUCGCAUCAUCUGGUCUGAGUCGAGGCUGUUUUCUGCGAAGGUUAUAAGAGACCUACAGAAGAAGGAGGACAUGCCGAGUAUUUCCGAGGGAUCAAAGAUGGAUCCUGUACUCCGUGAAAUACUGCUUAGCAUUCCCGGGAUAACACAGUUUAAUAUCCUAAAGGUUAGAAGGUAUUUUAAGAAUCUGAAAGAUCUUGUGUUUUGCACGAUAGAGCGCCUUGAGCUAGUCUUAGGAAAAGAGAAUUCUAUCCUUGUUCAUGGCUUCUUCGGGCAGGAGACCAGGAGGGGGAAUAAAACAAACGAUGGGGCAGGGGAAGGAAUCGAUGGAUGA